AUGUUACAGAAGAUGCUCUAUGAAUAUGUAAGCGAAGAUCUUGUAUGGUACUUGAUCUAUGUUACCUAUGGUGUGGGAUUCUUUUCAGUACUACUUGCAAAGUAUAAGUUACCUUUAAUGCUCCAAUAUGGGAAGACCCUAACACUCCCAAGAGUCGGAGGACAUUUUUCCUGGUAUGCGUCACUGACUGUUCCUCGAUCCUAUUUCACUCAUUUCUAUACGCUCUCAUUUCUACUUUCAAUUAUCAAUGUCUGCAUGUUUUACAGGUAUCUAAUUACAUGGUGUAUAUGCCUGCAUUCCCUCAGAAGAUUGUUAGAAUCGGUGAAAGUAACAGUAUGGGGAGCAAGCUCUCGAAUGCAUUAUGCACACUAUUUCGUUGGUAUAUGGUUUUACUCUGCAUUAAAUCUAACUGUGUACCUACAGUUAUCCGAAGACGCUGCUACGUCUAUGGCAUCUGAUCAUAUUAACAAAAUGUUACCUGGUAUCGGAUUGGUACUGUUCAUUAUUGCCUCCUGUGACCAACUUCUGAAUCAUAUUCAUUUAGCUCAACUUGUAAAAUACUCUCCCCCAAGUCGCAGGCUAUUUAAAUGGGUUGCGUGUGCACAUUAUUUUGAUGAAGUUAUUAUCUACAUAUCAUUAGCACUAGUAGGGAGAACCACACGUUGGUCGCUCACGUUGGCCAGUAUCUGGGUUCUAAUAAACCUAGGGGUUAGUUCUAUUGAGACUAGGCGCUACUACAUGUCCAAAUUCAAGAGUUUACCUAUAGCCCCGUAUGCACUAAUACCCUUUAUUCUGUAG